AAGCGUGCUGGAGUAACAUUAUCUGCGAAGGAAGGAAGGAAGUAGGUUGGCUCGGGAAGAAUGGGGAGUUGCGGCCGGAGCAGUCUGAACUUCAUAAUAGCUUCAAGGCCGUUUCAUCUCCAGCAUCGGUCAAGUGACCAUCUCUUGCCUUCUCUUGGCUUAAAUCUCAACCUCAAGCGCAGGCUCUCUCUAUCCAUCACCUCAUUUACCACCAAGAUUCUGUCUCCUCCUCCUUUCUCGGACAAGGAAAAGAGAAGUAAUGCCCUGCCGCGUGGGGCAGGAGAAGGAGUUAAAGAUGAUGCGAGGAGUAAGCUGCUUCAAGUAGUCUUGGUCUCUCCCCAGAUUCCUGGAAACACAGGUUGCAUUGCAAGAACAUGUGCAGCUUCAGCUGUUGGUCUGCAUUUAGUCGGGCCAUUAGGUUUUCAAGUGGAUGACGCCAAAGUAAAGCGAGCUGGUUUGGAUUAUUGGCCCUAUGUGGUUGUCAAAGCACACAGCUCAUGGGCUGAGUUUCAAGAAUAUUUCAGGCAACAGGAGGGAGAGAAACGGAUGAUAGCUUUCACAAAAAGAGGAACAAGAUUGGUGCAGGACUUCUCUUACAGAAGAGGCGAUUACCUCUUGUUCGGGUCAGAGACAAGUGGUCUACCUCCUGAAGCACUGUCAGACUGCAAAGACGAGAAAUACGGAGGGGGACCAUACGUAACCGAUGGUGAGACGUAUGUGAGAUGUUUGAAUCUGUCGGUGAGUGUAGGGGUGUUGCUGUGUAUGAAGCGUCCAGACAGCUUUAACUAUGAGCAGAUUGAUUGUGCACCUGAAGGAGAUUCUGUGAACGGUGAAGAACCAUUGUUUGCAGAUGAUAUUUUUGCUUGAUACAUUGCAACAAAAAUAGAAGAGAGACAACACAAGGCAUGAUAGUCAUAAGCCAUAGGUGGAUGGAAACUUCACUUUUUUGGCCAAUUUUUUAAAGCUGAUUAUCCUUUUUAUCAUAUCAAAACCUAAGUGUGGGGAUGACAGCUUUUCAGUUUUCGAAUUUUAGAAAUAGAAGUAUUUUAAUUCUAUUUGAUA